AUGUGGGGCCGCCUUGCUGCGUGCAUAGUGCUGGUGAGCACAACUCUUGUGCACGCAGCCCUCUUUCCCAAAAACAGCCCUGUGCUGGAGCUGACCAGUGCCAAUUUUGACAAAGAAAUCCUUCAGGUGGACAAACCGGCCUUGGUCGCUUUUACGGCGCCAUGGUGCGGGUACUGCCAAAAUCUGGCGCCUCAAUACGCACGUGUGGCUGGAGAACUCGACGGUGUGGUGAAGAUUGCCUACGUCGAUUGCGAAGACAAGGCCUCGGCAUCGCUGUGUGGCAAGUAUGACGUCAAAGGUUUCCCGACGAUCAAGCUGUUCCCUGCGACGAAGAAACGCGUGCCGCGGGACUACGUGGGAGAACGUCGCGCGAAGGCUAUUAUGGACUACGCAUUGGAUGCGCUUCCCGCGGAAAUCAUCCGCAAGCUCGAUGCCGAGGGUCUGCCGCCCUUCCUUAGCAAAUCGUCUGGCCCUGCCAAGCUGGUCCUGGUCUCGCAACUAGGAAAGACGUCGCCUAUGUUCCGUUCUCUCGCACUAGACUAUCGGCAUGCGAAGAUCCCCUUCGCACACAUGUAUGCCGGUAAGGAAGGAUCCUUGGCGGCUGCUCAGAAGCACAUCGAUGAGCACUUGACCAAGGAGCGUUUGCCAGGUUUGUACUUUGUCAAGUCGUACGACGAGGCCACUGGUAAGGCUCAGGCUAUCAAGUACCGUGGCUCAAUGCGCUACCGCCAAAUCAAGCAGUGGAUCGAUGAGCAGCUCGGUGAUAAAGAGGCGCUGAAGGCCAAGGCCGAGCGAGAAAAGGCCAAGGCAGCGAUGGAGCAGAAGGAGACAGAGAAGCAGCGCAAGCGCGAAGAGGCGGCGGCCAAGGCGAAAGAAGCAGCAUCGAAAAGUAAGAUGGAAUCGGGCACGGAUGCACAUGACAAGGGCGAUCUGCCUCCUGGUAUCACCUCUGAACAAUGGGACAUGGCGCACAAGAUCGGUGAGAUGAUUGGCGACGACGAGGUAGAGGAGGAAGAGGAGCGCGAGCAGAAGCGUAUGCGUGAACUCAAUAAGAAGCGUGUUGAGGCGCUUAAGCGUGCCCGCGAAAAAGUGUCGAAAGACGCUGGUGUGGACACGCCGCCUAGCACGCCUCAAACCAAGGAAAUGCUCAUGAAUGAGCUCCAGGACCACAUUGGCGAAAAGUGGAGUGUUCGUCUUGCCGAGCAUGCCGACCAAGCGCGCCAGGCGAUCGAGAAGCAUCUGCUGGAGGAUCCCGAGGAUAUUAAGACCGCGAUGAACGCCGGUGAAGAAGGUAUGAUUCGCGGCUUGCAAAAGGAUCUAGGGGAAAUCGAAACGCAGCUUGAGGCGGGUGCGGACGAAGACGGCUAUCCACUCUCCGAAGAUGCCGAAGAAGCUCUGCGUUCGUAUAGCCAGACUAUUGCGGGUCUCAUCCACACCAUCCAGCUGCGUCUCGACGCACGACGACUCAACCGUGACGCGCGGGAGUUGGCCGAUGAGAUGCUUGGGCAGCAUAUGCACGACGAGUUGUAA